CAUUGUUAACGAAGGUUUCUUCCGUUCGAGGAGGCGAGUGUUCCAGAGUCCAGCAGCCGAGCCGAGCCGAGCCGAGCCGAGCCCCGCCGAGCCCAGCCGAGCCCGGCCCGCCUCACCUGGCCCCGGCACGGACCGCCUGCAGCCCCGGCCAGCACCGGGGCGGCGGCGGCCCCCCGCGCACGGAUUCCCACGGCGAUCCUCCGUUUUUCUGUCAGUUUCGGGAGGGAGGAGGCGGAGGGGUGGAGGCGGAGGCGGGGGGAGGACACGCAGCCUCCGGCUAACGCUCGGUCCGCUCCGCCUGCAGACGGAGAACCGGGACCGGAGAGACAGAUCCCAGCCGAUCGUGUCGGGGCCGGUCCAGAACCCGACCCCGACCCCGGAGACCCGGCAUGAGGAGGCGGCUCGGCGGCCGCCACGCUGCCAGGACCGGGUUCUGGUGAGGGGAUGGUUCCGCCGUGAAGCGGCGGGGAACCACGGCCAACAUGACUGUCUUCAACCCCGAGAACGUGGAGGACAUCUAUGAGAUCGGAGACGAGCUGGGGAGCGGGCAGUUCGCCUUGGUGCGGCGGUGCCGCCACCGCGCCUCGGGCCUGGAGUACGCCGCCAAGUUCAUCAGGAAGCGGCGCAGCAAGUCGAGCCGGCGCGGCGUGACGAGGGAGGACAUCGAGCGCGAGGUCGGCAUCCUGCGGGAGAUCCAGCACCCCAACAUCAUCACGCUGCACGAGGUGUUCGAGAGCAAGGCCGACGUCAUCCUCAUCCUGGAGCUGGUGGCAGGGGGAGAGCUGUUUGACUUCCUGGCAGAGAAAGAGUCUCUCACUGAGGAGGAAGCGACUCAGUUCCUGAAGCAGAUCCUGGACGGAGUUUUCUACCUGCACUCCAAGCAGAUCGCCCACUUCGACCUCAAGCCGGAGAACAUCAUGCUGCUGAGCCGCUCGGUGCCGCACCCCCGGAUCAAGCUCAUCGACUUCGGCCUCGCCCACAAGAUCGACUUCGGCAACGACUUCAAGAACAUCUUCGGAACGCCGGAGUUUGUCGCUCCUGAAGUGGUGAACUACGAGCCUCUGGGUCUGGAGGCCGACAUGUGGAGCGUCGGUGUGAUCACCUACAUCCUGCUGAGCGGCGCUUCGCCCUUCCUGGGCGACAACAAGCAGGAGACUCUGGCCAACGUGUCGGCCGUGGACUACAGCUUCGACCAGGAGUUCUUCGGCGGCACCAGCGCGCUCGCCAAGGACUUCAUCGCCAGGCUGCUGGUCAAAGACCCCAAAAAGAGGAUGACCAUCCAGGACAGUCUGCAGCACCCCUGGAUCAAGCCUACAGACACCCAGCAGGCUCUGAGCAGGAAGGAGUCGGCCGUCAACAUGGAGAAGUUCAAGAAGUUCGCCGCUCGCAGGAAGUGGAAGCAAUCCGUCCGGCUCAUCUCGCUCUGUAACCGUCUGUCUCGCUCCUUCCUGUCCAGGAGCAACAUCAGUGUGGCGCGCAGCGACGACACGCUGGACGAGGAAGACUCCUUCGUGAUGAAGGCCAUCAUUCACGCCAUCAACGACGACAACGUCCCGGGUCUGCAGCACCUGCUGGGCUCGCUCAGCAGCUACGACGUCAACCAGCCCAACAAGCACGGGACUCCGCCCCUCCUGAUCGCCGCCGGCUGUGGAAACGUCCAGAUCAUCCAGCUGCUGAUGAGGAAAGGAGCCGAGAUCCAGGCCCACGACAAGAGCGGCGCCAACGCCGUCUACUACGCCGCCAGACACGGACACCUGGACACCCUGAGGUUCCUGCACGAGAAGAGAUGUCCUCUGGACGUCCAAGAUAAGUCCGGAGAGACGGCCCUGCACGUGGCGGCUCGCUAUGGCAACGUGGACGUGGUGAGCUACCUGCUCAGCAUCCGGGCCAACCCCGACCUGUCGGACAGGGAGCAGGAGACGCCGCUGCACUGCGCCGCCUGGCACGGCUACUCGCCGGUGGCCCGGGCGCUCUGCCAGGCCGGCUGCAACGUGGACGCCCAGAACCGCGAGGGCGAGACGGCGCUGCUCACCGCCGCCGCCCGCGGCUUCGUGGACAUCGUGGAGUGUCUGGUGGAGCACCGGGCGGAGCUGGAGGCCGCCGACAAGGACGGACACACGGCGCUCCACCUGGCCGUCCGCCGCUGCCAGGUGGAGGUGGUCCGCCGCCUCCUCCGGCACCGCUGCCACCUGGACCGGCAGGAUCGCCACGGCAACACGCCUCUCCACAUCGCCUGCAAGGACGGGAACCUGCCCGUCGUCAUGGCGAUCUGCAGCGCCAAGGCCAACCUGGACCUCCCCAAUAAGUCCGGCCGGACGCCUCUCCACCUGGCGGCCUCCAACGGCGGUCUGGAGGUGGUGCGGCACCUCUGCCUGGUGGGGGCCAACAUCGACGCCGUCACCAAUGACGGGAAGAGCGCCGAGGACCUGGCGUCCGGCGAGCACCCGCACAUCGUGUCGCUGCUGGGAAAACUCAAGAAGGAGAACCACCGCGCCGGCUUCGUGCAGCAGCUGCGGCCGGCGGCCGGCGUCCAGCCGCGGAUCAAGCUGAAGCUGCUGGGCCCGGCGGCGGCGGGGAAGAGCUCCCUGCUGGAGUCGCUCAGGUGCGGCAUCCUGCGCAGCUUCUUCAGGAGGAGGAGGACCCGGCUCUCCAGCGCCACCCGACACCCCAACUCCCCCAGCAGUGCCAAGCCCGCCGUGUCGGUCAGCAUCUCCAACCUGUACCCGGGCUGUGAGAACGUCAGCGUCCGCAGCCGCAGCAUGAUGUUCGAGCCCAGCCUGACCAAGGGGGUCCUGGAGGUCUUCUCUCCGGCCCACGGCGGCCUGACGGCAGCCGACGAGCAGGCCACCAAGGCCAUCGACAUCCAGCAGGCCAGCAUCCACGGUGUGGGGGACUUCAGCGUCUGGGAGUUCUCGGGGAACCCGGUCUACUACUGCACCUACGACUACUUUGCGGCCAACGACCCGACGGCGAUCCACCUGGUCCUGUUCAGCCUGGAGGAGCCGUACGAGACCCAGCUGAGCCACGUCAGCUACUGGCUCAACCUGCUGAAGGCCCUGACCCCGCCCCAGGACCACAUCGCGUUCGCCGGCCGCCUCCAGCAGCCGCUCGUGGUCGUCCUGGUGGCGACGCAUGCCGACCUGGCCGGCGUUCCCCGGGCGUUCUCCGGGGAGUUCUGCUACGACAGAGAGAGAGCGCUGCUCAAGGAGGUCAGGAACAGGUUCGGGAGCGACCUGCAGAUCAGCGACAAGCUGUUCGUUCUGGACGCCGGCGCCUCCAACUCCAGAGACAUGAAGCUGCUGAGGAGCCACCUGCAGGAGCUGCGCUCCGCCAUGCUGUCCCGGUGCGUUCCCAUGACGCCGCUGGCGGAGCGGCUGCUGGCGGCGCUGCCGGCCUGGAGGAAGGCGGGCGGGCCCGGCCAGCUGAUGUCGUGGCAGCAGUUCGUGAGCGACGUGCAGGAGCACAUCAACCCGCUGGCGAGCCGCGAGCAGCUGCGCUCGCUGGCCCUGCAGCUGCACAGCAUGGGCGAGGUCAACCUGAUGCAGAGCGAGACGGUGCGGGACGUGGUGCUGCUGGAGCCGCGCUGGCUCUGCUCCAUCCUGGGCCGGCUGCUGUCCGCCGACACGCCCACCGCCAUCCACCACUACCGCGGCCGCUACCGGCUGGACGAGGUGCAAGCCCUGGCCCCCGACUGCGACGUGGACGAGCUGCUGCAGGUGCUAGACGCCAUGGACGUGUGCGCCCGCGACGCCGCCGACCCCUCCAUGGUGGACGUGCCGGCGCUCAUCAAGACGGGCGGCCUGCGGCGCUCCUGGACGGAGGAGGAGGAGGAGGAGGAGGCGGCGCUGCUGUACGGCGGCGUGCGGCUGGUGCCGGCCGAGCACCUGACCGCCUUCCCCUGCGGCCUGUUCCACAAGCUGCAGGUCAACCUGUGCCGCUGGAGCCGCCAGCAGAAGCCAGAGGACGACGGCGGUGGCGGCGGAGGCGAGGACCCGGACGGGGACGUCCACCUGUGGACCAACGGGGCCCGGGUGAGCCGGGCGGGGGCGGAGGCCCUGGUGCUGCUGGUCAACCACGGCCAGGGCGUGGAGAUCCAGGUGCGCGGGCGCGAGUCGGAGCGGGCCCGGUGCUACGCCCUGCUGGACGCCGUGUGCAGCGUGACGGAGAACCUGCUGGCCUCCACGCUGCCGGGCCAGCUGACGGCGCGGUACUACCUGAGCCCCCGGCAGCUGCGGGAGCGCCACGCCCCCGUCAUGGUCUACCAGCCCAAGGACUUCCUGCGGGCGCUGGCGCAGCGCGAGACGUCGCUGGCCAACACCAUGGCCGGCUACCGCGAGAGCUUCAGCUGCAUCCUGGCCUUCGGCUGCGCCGAGGUGUACCAGCGGGGGGCGCUGGCGCCCGACGUGCACAUCGCCGACGUGCCCCUGCUGGCCCGCCGCAAGCUGAGCCGCAUGCUGGACCCGCCGGACGCCCUGGGCAAGGACUGGUGCCUGCUGGCCAUGAACCUGGGCCUCAGCGAGCUGGUGGCCAAACACAGCAACGGGACCCCGAACGGGACGCCCGGCGAGGCGGACCCGGACCGGGACCCGGACCCGGACCCUGAGGCGGCGGCGCUGCGGCAGCCCAGCCCGACGGCGGCGCUGCUGCGGGAGUGGAGCGCCCGGCCCGACAGCACCGUCGGGGUCCUGAUGGCCAAGCUGAGGGAGCUGGGCCGCCGGGACGCCGCCGACUUCCUGCUCAGGGUCACGCCGGUGUUCAGGGUCAACCUGGAGGCGCUGGGCGGCGCCGCCGCCCCCGGGUAUCCGCCCGCCUGCAAUGGCGGCACGUCCUACAACUCCAUCAGCUCCGUGGUGUCCCGCUGACGGGUGGAGUCAGCCUCUCCACCCCCCGCCGCUCUGCCGCCGCCCCCCCCCCCCCCCGCCGCUCCGCCCCUCGCUGCUCCGCUCCCGUGAAUGUUGUGAAGGAAGUGAGCUCCAAAGAGGAAGUCCGCCCUUCUGCCCCGUCGUGCCGCGUCUGCAAACCCCUCCAUCCUGCUCACAGAGUGAACGCUCGGACAAGUCCGGACUCGUCGGUCACCCCUCACCGCCGCCCGUCCCCCCGGACGCCACGCCGGCCGUUCUGCUCAGCGUUUAAAUAAUUCACAGCAUUUGUUUGAUGGUGCCUUCACGGCUUCUGCCUCCCUGAAGAGCACAAGCAGAACCGCCGGAGAACCGGGCCUGCUGGAGUUCUGGAGUUCUCCGGGGCGGCCCGAGAACCGGGCCUUGUUGACACUUCGCCCAUCGAGGCCCGCUGAGAACAAGAACCGCGAAGCAGCAACCCUCAUUUCAAGAUGUUAGGAAGUGAAUUUCUGCCGCAGCUCAAAGGGAAAACCGUCCGUCCGUCUCUUCCUCCAUCCAUCAGAGGAACGUCUCGUUUUUUAACGGUUCUCUGUUUUUACAGGUUCCACAGUUUCCUGAUUGUUUCAGUUCACUUGAAGGGUCCAAACAGAGAAGGUCAGAUUCUCAGUCUCAUGAUUCUGAAGCAUUUUUUUUUUUUAACUCUGUUUUUUUUACCUGUAGUUAAAUCAGUUGGACCUGAAGGUGACCGAGUGUUUCGUUACCGUAGCAACCAAAGAACCACACUGACCAAAACAGGAAGGUUGAUUUUACUGUUGUUUCUGGAGGAACUUUGAUUUUGAUUCCUGUCAAUCAUGGAUGUGUUGAAUUGUCUUGGUGGACCGUCGCCCUCUAGUGGCUGUGAUGAAAACAACACGAACGUUCCGCUGAUCAGAACCAGGCGGAUCUAAAGCCUGAAGCGUCUGAACCUGUGGGUCCUGUAAGAACCUGAAAGCUGAGCUGGUCUGGACUGAGGGAUGGUUCCAGGUCAUGAGGUCGUUUCUCCCGCCGCGGCGCCGUGACGCCGCCUGCCUCACGGUGGAGCUGAAGAACCGCCGUUCUCCGGAUGCGAAGGCCUUCUGCAGUAUUUCACUCCCUUCAGUGUUCCCGUCGGUUCCUCUUCCUCCGGUUCCCCGUUCCGUCUCCAACUCGCCAAUGUGAUGUAAAUAUUCUCCAGCCAGGUGUUCUCCAUCGUUCUGCUGAAGCAGCGUGGAACAUUCCGUUCAGAUCCAAACAGACCGAGGAACCCGCUCAGCGGUCUGACUUUUUUCCUAGUUCUCCGCUAGCAUUAGCAAGCUAAUGAAAGAGCAGCUGAAAUACCAGGUUCUGCCACCAGGUGGAACCUUGAGGCCGGUUCUGUCCCGAGCUUUAACUGAAGCACGUCAGGAACGUGACGUUCGCCUGCUAACCGUGGAGACAGAACCCGUCCUGAUGUGCAAUACUGGAGCUGACGGAACGUCAGGAGAACGUUAUCCGGAUCCGACAGGCGGCGCCGCUCCGACGCGCUGAGGCAGAAUGAAUGUACCACUAACAGAACAUCCCCGUUCUGUCAUGAGAACCUUGAAAGGACCUCCUGGUUCUACCAUGAGAACCUUGCUGUGUCGUGUGCCUGAACCCCUCCUCCGCCCCUCUGUUCCGUCGGUUCUAGGGUUCUCUCUGGGUUCUCUCUGGGUUCUCUCUGGGUUCUCUCCGGGUUCUCUCUGGGUUCUCUCUGGGUUCUCUCCGGGUUCUCUCUGGGUUCUCUCCGGGUUCUCUCCGGGCUCUCUCCCUGUACAGUUGUGGAACCUGUUUCUCUUUUUGAAACUGAAAUGGGCUUUAUGAUUCUUCUUCUGAUCGGUUUUCUUUCUCUUGACGGCGCUCGGAGCUGAAUGGAGGAGUCUGGGGUCCCCGGUUCGACUCCGCUCACACCGCCGCCUUGCACAAAGUCUCUCUGUUGCUAUUUAAGUUCGGUUCUCUCAGCAUGUUCUUGGUACAUCCGACACUUUAUAGUGUGAAACGUUUUAUAAUAAAUUCUUUACUUCAUA